UCUCCAGUCUCCGUAGUCCGGAGUCUGGCAAAUCUUUCGCAACCUCAGCGCUUCGCAGUCGCAGUCGCAGCCGAGCCGAGGACGAUGGCAACCGCCGCUCAGUGCUCCUCCUGGUACUACGCGUCGCCCACCCUGCCGCUCCACCGACGGCACGGCCUCCUGCCGCGGCGGCAGCCGCCGCAAGCCGCCGCACGGGGAGGGCGGUGGCCGAGGUUGCAGGUGGCGGCGGCGGCCGCCGGGGCUCGGGCGGAGGACUCCAUGAAGGUGGCCACGGACGCCGAGUUCUUCCAGCCCUCCGACACCAGGCCCAUCAUGCUCUUCGACGGCGUUUGCAACCUCUGCAACGGGGGCGUCCGGUUCGUGCGGGAGCACGACCACAACAGGAGCAUCAGGUACGUGCCCCUGCAGAGCGAGUCGGGGAGGAAGCUCUUGCAGAGGUCAGGAAGAUCCCCCGACGACAUCUCCAGCGUUGUUCUCGUCGAGAAGGAUAGGUCCUACAUCAAGUCUGAAGCAGUGCUGAGGAUAAUGGAGUACCUCAACCUGCCCUUCCCUCAGCUCGCAAUCUUCCUCAAGUUUGUCCCUCUGUUCCUGAGGGACUUCGCAUACGACAAUGUUGCAAACAACAGGUACAUUGUGUUUGGCCGAUCCAAAACGGAAGCAUGUGAGAUAUUGUGAAUUGCUGCACCAAGACCUUGAUACCUAGUUUAUAUGAUUAGAUAUCAAUAAUCUGCAUACAUGAUGUAGCAUGAACCAUCGAUAGGAUCAUAUCGUAGUUUAGUACUUGUACAAAGCACUCAUCUAAGCAAAAAUUUUGUAAGUGAUAGCACUGAAGAGUAUUAGCUACAAAGUGUUUGAAAACUGUAUUCUUGGUAACACUAUGCCCUCAGUGGUUCCAUGGGCGUUCAAAAUAGUGGCAUUUGCUGGGGCAGUAUGAUUCACCCAAGAGAGGUUAAUGUUACUGAGAUAGAUGUCUUUGCAAUGAACACUUUGGCUGCACAGUAAUCUGAUCGCAUCAUGCUCAGAGGAUGUCCCUUGGAUGUCGAUAAAUUUGCGUCGCUUAUUGCCACACCACCGUGCUACAAACACAGUUAAGUGCAGAUACAUUUCAGCCUUUGUUUUAGCGAACGAAUCUACUGAACAAUAAGCAUAAUAAUAUGUUUACCAUGCCUGACCUUUGUAGGACAAUUUCCCUGUGGACAGUAGAACUGGUCAAUGACAAUAGGAUACUGAACUUCAGUCAUGUUGAGGCUCUCAAAAAGGAAUCCUUUUGCAUAGCCCUUCCCACCCUGCAUUCAUAACUUCAUACAUUAGAUGGUAUGCUGCUGGUGUGGCCUAUGGUUUACAUAGAGCAUAUAUAUACAAGGUGUGUGCAAUGCAAUCUCAUCACAAAUGAAAUGCAUUUAACUCAAUCUUCAUUACCUGCCAGGAUUUGAUCCUCACACCAGUCAUAGUCCCAACAAAGCUGCAAUUAGAUACCGUAAUUUGUUCCACCAUCGCUGUCUCAGAUCUUCCCAGACUCCCCACACUACAUAAGAUCAGAAAUUGAGCACAGUGCAGAUUACUAGAGAAGCUGGUCAAAAAAUAGAAGGCAGAUGCCUGUACAAGUGGACAUGUGUUCUUACCUGAUGCCAUGACCAGGCCCACACCUGCUGGUAGUGACAGUAACAUUUUUCGUGAAUGAUAGGACUGAUACACAGUCAUCUCCUGCAUUUGCCCAAUGUCAGCAUUCAUUUGUGUGACUCAUUGUCGAUUUAGUUACAUACUCGUAUACUAUAUUGCAAUGUUCUAAUUACACACAGGGAAAGUUUUUUGACCUGUUUGGAUGGAGCAGUUGGAGAUGUAGGUGUUGUUAGAAAAUGCAACAGUUAUGCCGUCUGUGUUGGGGCUAUCAGCUGGGGCAGUUAUGGAGACGUUGUCCACACUCACCUGGCUGCACUGGAACAAGGUCAUGUGCUUGUCUGCACUGUUCUUCAGAUGUAUCCUCCUCACCUUUAGAUUGUUACACCGUGCGAAACCCAGCAACUGAUUUACAUCAACACACCAUGAGUUGCACACAGUUACAUGUCUGCCUGACUAGUUUGGAACUAAAUUGAAGGGAAUGUUGCGUGUCUACUUACAAUAGGGCGGUUGUCGCAUCUCUGUCAAAGUGAGAAACAUGUCAGGUUGUUUUCAAGAAUCAGAUGAAGAAAUGCAAGUAUGCAACUGGUAUACGAUGGAGCCUGAAGCAGCCUACCUUUCGGUUAUAGCAAUCCCACCAGAUGGCGCCUUGGCCGUCGAUCUCACCAUUCCCAUCCAUCGUCAAGUCGUCGACGCCGAGGAAGGUCAGGAGGUUGGCAGAUUUUCUUGUCCAAAUGUGGUUUGGUGCCACAACGUUGCCAUCCAGCUGCAGAUUACGAGCUCAGCUGGGACCCUGAAACGAAACCUGGUUCAGCAAGAACGUCCUUCCUGCCGGGACGACCAUGAUCGCCGUGCGCUGGUCGCCGCAAACCGCUUGCCAUGCCGCCAAGAACGCCUUUUCGACAGUGAGGAGGACGGAGGGGAAUCAGAAAUGCAAGAAGCGACACGAUUGCAGCAGAAGCAAGCGAUUCAAUUCAAUCAAUGGUGUUCGUGCUGUUACCUGUGCAUCAUCUCUCUUGCCAUCCCCAUGCGCAUGGAAGUUGAGGACGUUGUAGAUCUGUUUCUGGCCUAGUGCUGAUGAUCGAAGGACCAGCAGCACAAGCAGCAGGAUGAUGAUAUGCCUUACUGCAGAUGUCUCCAUUUGGUUUUUUUUUUUCCACACAAAAUGGACGAGCUUUAUGGGGUGAAAGAUACUGUUUUUAUAGGGAGAAACACAGGUGACUAGGUGAGGAUCACGGUUUGAUAUCAACCGGUGAUUAGAUACUAAAUCUCCAUCUUGACGUGAUUUAAAUAAGCAGUGAUUUAUUAUAUAU